CGGCUACCGUAGGUGGGGGACUGCUUGGUGUUGUUUAGAUGGCAAUGAGAUUGUGUUAUUAAUGCGCAUGAUCUCUUCGUUGCCGGUGCGGGACGGGAUUCUCGCUCAUAGUACAGAGAACAGAAACCGUGUCUCUCUUCCCUUCCACCCGUUCUCAAUCGCAGCAGCCAGUGUGUUCACCCCCGAGAAGAACCAAAUCGUUGUUGACUCAUGCGCUGAAACGGCCAUCAACUCGCGCAACCUCCCGCCACCGCUCUAAGACGAACGGCCCGCACGCACAAACGCCGCCAUGGCUGCCGACAUCAGGGUCUCGAUCGACCGCGGCGGCACCUUCUGCGACGUCAUCGCCCACAUCGACGGCCGCGAGCCCCUCAUCUUCAAGCUCCUGUCCGAGGACCCGGCCAACUACCCCGACGCCCCGACCGAGGGUAUCCGCCGCGUCCUCGAGGCCGUCGAGGGGAAGCCCGUCCCCGUGGGCGAGAAGCUCGACGGCUCGCGCAUCGCAUCAUGCCGCAUCGGCACCACGGUUGCCACCAACGCCCUCCUGGAGCACAAGGGCGAGCGCUUCGCCUUCCUCACGACAAAGGGCUUCAAGGACGUCUGCGUCAUCGGCGACCAGUCCCGCCCCAAGCUCUUCGACCUGGACAUCCGUAAGCCCGGGGCCCUGCACGACGCCGUCGUCGAGGUCGACGAGCGCAUCGUCCCGGCCGACUACGACCUCAACCCGACGCCCCUCAACGAGGAGGCCGCCGUCGCCGCCGCCGAAGCCGGCGGGGACGCCGGAAGCCUCGUGCGCACGGCGAGCGGCGAGCUCGUCCGCGUCCUCCGCCGGCCGGACCCGGACGCCGUCCGGGCCCAGCUCCGCGAGCUCCGCGACCGGGGCUACACCUCGCUCGCCAUCUGCUUCAUGCACUCCUACCUCCACCCGGCCCACGAGGACCUCGUCGCCUCCCUCGCCCGCGACCCGGCGCUCGGCUUCGAGUUCGUCACCACCUCGGCCGCCGUCUCCCCGACCAUCAAGUUCCUCCACCGCAGCACCUCGGCCUGCUCCGAGGCCUACCUCUACCCCGUCGUCCGGCGCUACGUCGACGCCUUCCGCGCCGGCUUCCGCGUGCCGCCCCGCCGCCUCGACUUCAUGUGCUCCGACGGCGGGCUUGCCGCCGCCGACCGCUUCCGCGGCAACGAGGCCCUCCUCAGCGGGCCCGCCGGCGGCGUCGUCGGCGUCGCCGCCUCGUGCUACGACCCGGACGACGGCACCCCCGUCAUCGGCUUCGACAUGGGCGGCACCAGCACCGACGUCUCCCGCUACGACGGCCGCUACGACUACCUCACCGAGACCUCUAUCGCCGGCCGCACCGUCACCGUGCCUAUGCUUAACAUCGCCACCGUCGCCGCCGGCGGCGGCUCCGUCCUCUUCGCCCGCAACGGCCUCCUCGCCGUCGGCCCCGAGAGCGCCGGCGCCCACCCGGGCCCGGCGUGCUACCGCAAAGGCGGGCCCCUGACCGUGACGGACGCAAACCUCUUCCUCGGCCGCCUCGUCCCGUCCUCGUUCCCGUCCAUCUUCGGCCCGAGCGCCGACGCGCCCCUCGACGCCGACGUCGUCGCGGAGAAGUUCGCCGCCCUGACGGCCGACUUCAACGCCCAGACGGCUGGGCGGGGCGCGUCGUCGUCGUCGUCGUCGUCGCCCCUGGAGCCGCGCGACGUCGCCCUAGGCUUCCUCGACGUCGCCAACGAGACCAUGGCGCGCCCCAUCCGCAACGCCACCGAGGCCCGCGGCUUCGCGCCCGAGGACCACCACCUCGUCUCCUUCGGCGGCGCCGGCGGCCAGCACGCCUGCGACAUCGCCGACAAGCUCGGCAUCCGCCGCGUCCUCAUCCACAAGUACUCGUCGCUGCUGUCGGCGUACGGCAUCGCCCAGGCCGAGCUGCAGCACGAGGCGCUCGAGCCGUACGGGCGUCGCCUGGGCGCAGACGCUUCGGCGGCGAUGGCCCACGUCGCCGCGCGGCUGGCGGCGCUGAAGGCGCGGGUGGGCGCGGAGCUGCGCGCCCAAGGGGCGGAGGAGGCGUCGGUCGCGUUCGACGAGAGCCUCGUGCUGCGGUACUUCGGCACCGAUACGAACCUCACGAUCGCGCGGCCCGCGGACGGCGACUACGCGGCAGCGUUCGAGGCCACGCACCUCCGCGAGUUCGCCUUCUCGAUGCAGAGGGACGUCGUCGUCGAGUCUAUCAAGGUCCGCGGCACGGGCAGCGCGGGCGCGCGGAUCCGGGAGGCGUCGGCGCUGAAGGAGCUGGCAGCCGGCGCCCACGUCCAGGCCCCGGCGCCGGGCGAGAUGCAGGCCGUCUACAUCGACGGCGCGUGGCACGACACAGGCGUCUACCGGCUCGACGGCGUGCCCAAGGGCGUCGUCAUACCCGGGCCGGCGCUGCUCAUCGACCAGACCCAGACCAUCUUCGUUUCUCCCACGUUCCGGGCCUACAUCCUCUCCUCCCACGUCCUCCUCGACAAGGUCUCUCGUCCGUCACCUUCACCCGCCCUCACUACCACCACCCCGACUCCCGGUCUCCCCUCGUCAUCUCCCGACCCGGCUGUCGACCCGAUCCAGCUCUCCGUCUUCGCCCACCGCUUCAUGGCCAUCGCCGAGCAGAUGGGCACCACCCUCCAGCGCACCUCCAUCUCGACGUCCAUCAAGGAGCGCCUCGACUUCUCCUGCGCCAUCUUCUCCCCCUCAGGCAAGCUCGUCGCCAACGCCCCACACAUCCCCAUCCACCUCGGCUCGAUGCAGUUCGCGAUCCAGGCGCAGCACCGCCUGUGGGAAGGCAAGCUCCAGCCCGGCGACGUCCUCCUCACGAACCAUCCGCAGUGGGGCGGCACUCACCUCCCCGACCUGACCGUCGUGACGCCCGUCUUCGUCGACUCGGACCCCUCCUCGGCCGCAGGCGACGACGACGACGACGACGAGGACGCCGCCCCCAGGCGCCAGGAGAUCGCCUUCUACGUCGCCUCCCGCGGCCACCACACCGACAUCGGCGGCAAGGGCAUCACCUCGAUGAUGCCCGAGUCCCGCGAGCUCUGGGAGGAGGGCCUCAACGUGCCCUCCCUCAAGAUCGUCUCGGCCGGCGUCUUCCUCGAGGACGCCGUCGUGGCCGCCUUCGAGCGCGCCGGCGCCUUCCCCGGGUGCAGCACCUCCCGCCGCCUCGCCGACAACAUCUCGGACCUCAAGGCCCAGACGUCGGCCAACCAGCGCGGCAUCGUGCUGCUCCGCAAGCUCUGCGCCGACACCCCCGGCGGCCUCGCCGUCGUCCACCGCAACAUGGCCGCCGUCCAGGCCAACGCCGAGGCCGCCGUGCGCGCCUUCUUCCGCCGCCUCGCCGCCGACCACCCGCGCGGCCUCGAGGCCACGGACCACCUCGACGACGGCACCCCCAUGCGCGUCCGCGUCACCGCCGACCCGGCCACAGGCUCCGCCGUCUACGACUUCUCCGGUUCCGGCCCCCAGACGUGGGGCAACUACAACUGCCCCGUCGCCAUCUGCCACUCGGCCAUCAUCUACACCGUCCGCUGCCUCGUCGGCGUCGACAUGCCCCUCAACGAGGGCUGCCUGAGCCCCGUCGAGAUCCGCGUUCCUCCCGGUUCCGUCCUGAACCCGGGGCCGCGCGCCGCCAUCUGCGGCAGCACCCUGGCGAGCCAGCGCGUCAUCGACGUCAUCCUCCGCGCCUUCGGCCGCUACGGCGCCAGCCAGGGGUGCGCCAACAGCUUCGGCUGGGGCAUGGGCGGCAGGGACCCGCACACGGGCGCCGUCGUCAAGGGCUGGAACUACGGCGAGAGCAUCGGCGGCGGCGCCGGCGCAGGCGAGGGGUACCACGGGGCGCAUUCCGUCCAUGUCCACUCGACAAAUACCCGCCAAACCGACGCCGAGGUCAUCGAGAAGCGCACGGCGGUGCUCGUCCGCCGGUACGAGAUCCGCCGGGGCAGCGGCGGGGCUGGCACGUGGCGCGGCGGCGACGGCAUCACGCGCGAGGUCCAGGCGCGCAUCCCGCUGAAGUUCAGCAUCCUCUCGGACCGCAGGGUGUACCGGCCGUGGGGCAUGGCGGGCGGCGGCCCCGGGCAGAAGGGCGAGAACUACGCCUUCCUCUCCAACGAGGAGGGCGGGAUGGAGAAGAUCAACUUAGGGGGCAAGGCCAUCAUCAACCUAAAGGAGGGGGAGUACGUGCAGAUCAACACGCCCGGCGGCGGCGGGUACGGCGGUGACGAGGUGGAGGACAGACAUAGGGGGUAUGUCUGAAAAGCUGUGACGGAACCCGAUCGGACAGGCGAGACACGAGCCAUCAGAGCGUUUUCGGUGUGAAGAACGACCUGACUUGAUAAAGCCAGGUAUUACUUGGCAAAAAAAAAAAAAAAAAGUACCUAAUCCAACUAUCGUAUACGACUUGACCGU